CAAAAACAAUCUUCCUUGGAAUGGAAAACACGGUACAAAAUCAUGGUUGGCAUUGCUCGAGGGCUACUUUAUCUGCAUGAAGAUUCUCGGCUUAGGAUUAUACAUCGAGAUUUGAAAGCAAGUAACAUUCUGUUAGAUGAAGACUUGAAUCCCAAAAUUUCAGACUUUGGUCUUGCAAAACUAUUCGCUGGAAGUGAGACUCAAGCCAAUACAAGACGGAUUUGGGGUACUUAUGGAUACAUGGCACCAGAGUAUGUCAAGCAUGGAAACUUUUCGACUAAAUCUGAUGUGUAUAGCUAUGGCAUUUUGGUUUUGGAAAUUAUUACUGGUAAAAAGGUCUCAGGCCAUCACAAUUUCACAAAUCUGCAAAGUCAUGCAUGGAAACACUGGGAAAAUGGAGCCGCUUUGGAGCUGAUGGAUUCAACAAUGGAUGGGCAGUGGUCCAGAGAUGAAGCUUUAAACAGCAUCCACAUUGGGUUGCUAUGUGUUCAAGAGGCUGCUUCUGAUAGACCAAAAAUGUCAGAGGUUGUUUUGAUGCUUACCAAUUUCUCUAUGUCCAUCCCAAUACCUUCAAGGCCAGCAUUUUUUGUUUCGGGUGUCGAAAGUGAUAGUUUGGGAUUAGUGAAAGAAAAUUCUGGAUCAACCACAGAAGCUCCAAAUCAUGAUCAAUCUGUUAAUGAGGUGACACUUACUGAAUUACAUCCUCGAGAUUAA